GCCGCUCGUCCGUCACUUCUCUCGCGCGCCGCACACGUUGUCCGCUCCGCUCUCCGCUGUCAUUCGUUUUCCUGCUUUCGUGCGCAGUGCAUCGCAGCUCGCAAUUCCUGCCACCGAGAGACAAUUUAUCAGAACGUGAUUAUCCUUUAGUUUUCCUUUUUUCGGCCGCUCUUAUUUUCGAAAUGGACCAAAUCUGUCCUCUCGACCCACGUGAAGCCGCCGUCGACCAACUGUUAUGCGAAUUAUCCGCCAAUUAAGUGCGAAAUGGCUGAGCUGUGGCGAUUGAUGUCAUCGCUGCUGCUGCUCUUGUGGACGUUCUUCACGUGCCACGGGAUCAUCAUCGAAAGGGCCAUCAGUGAAUCCUGCAUUCUUCACUUCCAGCAGAACGAAAGUGGAGUUACUACCGAUGCUGAAUGUGGAGACCUGUGCUAUGAUAAUGAGAUAAAACGAGGCUGCUCUGCGUGGACGCAAGCCAAAAGAUCAGGCUGCCGGCCGGCGUGUCACGGCAUUCAAGACCUUUCGCCACCUCGAGAACUCUUCUGCGUCAUGAGUUGCAAUUACGCUUUGAACCAGUACGUGCAGCAUCUCAAAGAUGAACUAGGCUACCCAUCGACGCCUGCUUUGGUCGCCGACUCGCUCGAUUCCACGUCCCUUAGCCUUGAGUGGAAUGGGGUCGGUGAGGCGGACACUCUGUACGGCAUUCAGUGGAAGUACGAAGAAGUUCCUUCCUCACGCUGGACUUACUGCUGCAACCAAACAAUGCUUCCUGGGACGACACGUAAAAUCGACAACCUCGUUCCUUACACUAAGUACCGAUUCCGCGUCGCAGCUUUGGUGUCAAACCAUUCAGUGUCGCCACAAAUGGUGCAGUUCUCGGAUCCAAGCGUGGUGAUCGGCACAAAGGCUGAGGGCCUACCUGCGUCAGCGCCGCAAAUGGUCAGGGCAGUUGCAGUGGAUGCGACUCAUGUGUCUGUCACUUGGUUGCCCGGUGCUUUUUCGAGGGGUCCUGUGUUGUCUUAUGUGUUGUAUUUAAAUGAACUUCCCUCAUUAACAUCAAGUAACCAAAAUGCCUACUCAGCGGUCAAGGACAUACCAGUAGUCAGCGCCGAGGAGCCUAAGUACUACUUAUGGCAAAAAGUCCCUCCUGGUCGAGACUACUCAAUCAGUGUUGCUGCAAGAAACUGGGAAGGAGAAGGUCCAGCCUCCUUGUCUUAUGUUUCAACUCCUGAAGAACCAGAAGUCUUCUCAGAUGAAAAUGCACAAGUCCUGUUGUGUACAGAAGACAUAAUUUACAGACUAGAGUUGGAUAUUGUCGGAGAUAUAACUGAAGUUUACCGCUCUAAUUCCGAGCUUCUUGGCUGUGCCGUUCAUUUGCGCUACAAAUACAUAUUCUUCUCUGACACGAGUGGCUCCGUAUUUCGGAUCCCCAUGAAUUUUAGUGCAAAUCCAGAACUUGUGAUCGACAAGUCCGUCUUGGGAUUUGAACCACUGUCCCUAAGUGUAGACUGGCUGAAUGAUGCUCUCUACAUUGUUGGCGAAGCAGCAGAUCAUUCAAAAUGGUCCAUUUCCAAGUGCUUGCUAGAUGGCCAAGGCUCGACAGUAACUUAUGCCGGUCUCAACUCCAAACCUAGGCAGCUGCAAGUGGACCCCUACAAUGGCUAUAUCUUUUGGAUCAAAAGCAAUGCUCAAAAUGAAGAUAGUUUGUACCGCCUUGAUCUGGCAGAACCUAGUAACGGCGUAAAACAUGGAACCAAGCCAGAGGUUAUCAUAGAGAACACAAUGAUUGGAGCCUACACUAUAGAUCACACUGGUCUGCGGCUCUUUGUUGCUGACGAAAAGCAAAACACGAUUUUUUCUGUUUCACUUGAUGGGAAUGAGAAAUCCAAUAUUAGGCAGAAGACUCAAGAGGCUGAAUUCAAGAAGGUCAUAUCUUUGGUUGCCGUCAAUGGACUUUUCUUCUGGACUGAUGGAGCAUCCAUCAAAGGCGAAGAACACAACCCAGUGGACAAACGUUACUUCCAUCACAUAUUUCCACACGUCACUCAAACGAGCCAGUUUUGCAUGCUGAGUCUCUCUCAGUCUUCGCAGCAAACCCCAGUGCCAGUCAAUCCUCCAAACUCGUUGCAAGCCAUCUUUGGUCAUACCACUGCAAAGCUGGCUUGGCAAGCGCCUCAUUUGGUUGCUGGUCAAGGCAAAGGCGCUUGGCAAGAUUGGUCGUACGAGGUGCAGGUCACAAACGAAACUGAUGGGUCGAGCAGCACAAUUCGCAACAUCACCUCCUCUUCUUUAACACUGGCACCAAUUCAGCCCUUCACACACUACACUUUCCGAGUUGGCGCUUACACGUCUGCUGGCAGAGGCCCCUGGUCAAGCAAGUUCCAUGGAAGGUCCUUCAAAGCCCCACAACCUGGCCAAAAAGAGGUCUCAAUUGUCUGGGGAACUGAGGAGGGUCUCGUGCAGACGGACACGACUGGCGACAAUUUGGAAACAUUGGUGCAUACUGAUUUGCUCAGGGACUUGAACACCGCCUUGUUUGUGACCACAGUUGCUUGGUUCAAGGACAUGCUUUACUUUUCUACAAAUUCCUCUAAGACUAUGUGGUUCAACACAACGACCAAGGAGCACGGCCUUGUUGCGGGAGUUGAUUCCGCAGGGAGUAUCGCCAUCGACUGGCUGGGAAAGAGGUUGUAUUGGUCGAACCCCAAGCAAUCAUUGAUUAAGAGAUGUGGCCUAAACGGAGAAGAUCCAGAGCCACUUCCAAUCUUUGAAGUGGCCAAAGAAAUCCAUGUUGACUCGCUGAAUGCUUACAUUUAUUGGUCUACAAGCUAUUCUGUCUCGAGCACAAGGUUGAAUGGCGGAAACAAGACCGUCUAUUACCCUGCUACUCUAUUCAGUGGAAAGCAAGUCAUGGGAAUAUCACUCGACAUUGAGCGUAGUGUGAUAUUUUGGAUCGUCAGAAGCAACGAUGGCUCUUUGCUGUAUCGAGCACCCAUGUCUCUGAAUGAUCAACAAAUUAUUAGCCCGAGUGUCAUUGAGCCUGAAAAAGUCAUCAGUAUUGCUAACCCUAUAGUACAAGGUCCACUUUGUUACUUCAGCGAUCAUCUGCUUUGGCUUCAGGAUAGCAAUGUGGCUGUCAUCUCAGAUACCAAUGGUGAGGGAGCAGCCAUAAUUUCUGAUACUCGACUGUCUGGACUCUACGUGGUUGCUAUCAUUGACCGUAGCACUCAGCAACAUCCAUCAAAUGAGACAAACAUUGAAGUCAUUCCAUCGGCCGUAUCACAGUCGUCGAUCAGAUUUGAGGGGACGUCUCAUAACGUCAGUUUGGUUUGGGAGCCCGUUAGCAAUAUUAAUUAUGGAAAAGUGUUCUACGACGUUAAAAUUAUCAAUAAUUACACCAAAAAGGAUUAUUUUUUUGACACAUCGUCAUCCUUUGUGAACCUAGGUUUAAUCACUCCGUCCUACUCUCCCAUGAAAGUCAUUAUCAGAGCCUACACGUACUGGGGUUCUGCACCAAGAGAAGCACCUCUCAUUUUGCGUUCACCAGUAGCAACUCCCACGGCUCCGAUGGACCUAAGGGCCUUUGUUUCAUACAGCAAAACAUCGCCCGUCAGCACCAUUACAUCAGUGGUAGUCACUGUCAGAUGGAAAAUACCUCUGGAGCCAAAUGGUGUUAUCGGAAGCUACCGUCUCAGAAUUUGCAACGAGCUCGACACAACCAACUAUGAUGAUGCUGAUGAUGAGGAUUGUAAAAACAUUACUUUGAAAAGCGAUGGGCUCGAGUACACUUUAAAUCAUCUUCUGACAGACAGUCAAUACAAUCUACAAAUAUGGGCUCGCACAGAGGCAGGAGAAGGAAAUGGCAGUGAUAUUGUAUGGUUGGACACAAGCAUUGAGAAGCCUGUACCGCAGCUGCUGUUGGUGAAGAAGGAUGAAAUUGCUGUGCUUGACAUGGACUUGUCAGAAAUGAGCCAUACAAUUCCACUGAGAGACUCAGUUUCUGCCGUAACAUACCUGGCCUCCGAAGGUGUGGUAUUCUGGUUGAGCAAGGAGGGCCGAGAAAUUAGCAGCUGCACAUUGAAUUGCACCAUUUCAACCAAGAUCUAUCAACUUUUAAACCCUGGAUCAAAUCUUGUGGUCGACUGGAUAGCUCGAAAACUUUACUGGUCAGAGCAACUCAUCACGGAAAAUCACAUUUGGGCUCUCAAUCUGCAGAGCAUGAAAGCGGCCAAACUCUUAGUCCGCCCUGGAGCUAUAUCUGGUUUGCAAGUUUCACCUCUUUCAAACAAAAUCUUCUGGGUUGAAGACAAUGGGAAGAAUGUAGACAUCAUGCAGAGCAGCUUGAGUGACCUGCUGCCCACUUCAUUUUUGCUAAAUGAUAGUUCCUGCAGUUGUCCAAAAACCUAUCUCCCUGGUCGGCCCUUGGCUAUGGAUUCGUCAAGUGACAAAAUCAUUUGGACAGACGAGUUGAUUGGCGAUAUAUGGUCUGCAGACUUAGAUGGAUGCAACUGCAAAAUCGUCGCUAGCCAGAAUCUGACACGAGGCCUCAUUGUGAGCUCGUUGGCCUCAGACAUGAACUAUGCUUAUUGGCUUAUUGCCAGAGAUGGCUCCGUUUUCUCAUCUCUCAAAAAUUCAUUCGGAGAAUACUCGGAAGAUAAUUAUGCACCAGUGCCUUUAAAUGAGAAAGUAAACCUUUUGCUCGCAAUUGGAUCUCACUUGCAACCUUACCCAGAUCCAGAAUGCCUGAAGUUAACACCUGAAAUGGCACCGUUGGUGACCCCGAAACAGCUCCUGGUCUCUGCUGACUCGUUAACUCUUUCCAUGCCAUCACUUGAAAUAAGCGCGGACGAAAAUUGUGGCAAAUCAUCUCAGCCCACGCCUCAUUACCAUGUCUACUAUUACCACACAUCGUGCAUGGAUGAUGAGCCCGCUUCUUGUGACGUUGAGUCUUUAGACGAGUGCAAAUACAUGGGGACCUUUGAGCCCAAACUGACGAUUAACAAUUUAGAGCCCUUUUCCUGUUACGGUGUUUUCCUUGCUGUUAGAAACUUUUACACAGAAACUCUACAAGAGCCACCAAUUUUUGGAAGUCCUCAAAUUUUCAAAACUAGAGAAGGAGCUCCUAGUGAAGCACGAGAUGUGCAACUGAAGCUCCUUAGCCCAUGGUCAAUCGGCGUUUCGUGGCUCCCUCCAUUGGAAAUCAGAAGCUUGUCUGUCAAGUAUGAUCUUCUGUGGAGCACUGAUGGCAUGGGCUUCAGCCCCAGACAAUUUGGAGAAGUGCCGGUUGACAACUCAAAACAAUAUGGUGCUCGGAUUACGGCUGCAGUUGACAAACUAGCGCCAAAUCAACUGUAUCUAAUCAAGGUGAGAACUUACUCAAAAAGUGACCGGAUGCUGCAAAGUGAGAGUCUGCCGUUGGAAGUGAAAACGCUGCCAGAACCAAAAGACAUAGAACUUGUAAAAGCUGGAGCCAAUGUUUUGCAUGUCAGCUGGAGCAAUGCCUUGCCGGAAUCAGUGGCAAGGUUCAUGAACAUAAGAUAUGCUAUGCAGUUUGCCAAACUCGGGGGCAAUAUUUGGGAAACAAUCAACGAGUCUGACCCUGGCUUAUUCACUGCUAAGCACCUUGUACCCAAAACCAGCUACCAAUUCCGAGUUCAGCUAUGGUACAGUGAAAAUGGAUCUCCAGUCACUUGGCCUCAGGACAGUAGAUUUUCAUAUGAAACACUUGUCGAUCGUCCAAGUGCUCCUGGUACACCUUAUGUUCAGAUCUUGACGUUAAGUGAACAGCAAGUCCUGUGGGAGCCAUCCAAGAGCAAUGGUGCAGACAUAGAGAUGUACAUACUUGAGGGAAAAGCGGUGGAAAAUCAAAUACCGAGCACCUCCGCUAGCAAAAUGCAAAAUGAAGAAUGGACCUUAUUGUAUAACAGCACUGAAAAUCACUGGUUGGUGAGAGGUCUCAUGCCAAGCACCAAGUACAUCUUUAGGGUGCAAGCGUACAAUGCUUUUGGCUACAGCAACUGGAGCCACUCGAGCAACAUGUUUGACACUGCAGAAAGUGCAAGGCUCAGUGAGGGAAAUGCAAGCCAAUAUACUGGAUUUUUCUCGUUAGGCAUACCUAUUUUUACCUUAUGCCUAUGCACAAUUUUGGUCGUUUCAAUAUUCAUAUGUGUGUGCCCCAAGAAGGGAAACAAAAGUUUACCAGAUCCCAUGGUGCCUAUCAGUAGGCUCAACCCUGACGUUGAACUCGCAACUCUCCGAGAAACCCCCCGAGGAAGCAGUGGACUUCCAGUAAUGCAGCACACAAACACUAUGUACAUGUCGUCUUACACUCUGAGUGAAUCUGCUGGUGACUCGACUGAAGAAAAUUUACUGUCGUCAGGAGACCUUGAAAUUGCAGCAUUACAACACAUUAGAAGGGACCAAAUAAAACUGACCUGUUUCUUGGGUAGUGGUGCCUUUGGUGAAGUCUACGAAGGGGAAGCUAAAGAGUUACCUGGGGGUCAAGAAAAAGUUGCUGUCAAGACCUUAAAAAAAGGAGCCACUGAACAUGAGAAAAAAGAGUUCCUCAAGGAAGCUCAACUUAUGAGUAACUUCCGCCACGAGCAUAUUCUUCAAAUGCUUGGAGUGUGCCUCGACAAAGAGUCCAAUUUCAUUGUGAUGGAGCUGAUGGAAGGAGGGGACCUGCUCAAUUUCCUUAGAACCAGUAGACCUUUAACGAGAUCCGGGGAAAUGACCCUGAUUGACCUUGUGUCAAUGGCAGUCGACGUCGCAAGAGGGUGUCGAUACCUCGAAGAGUUGCGCUAUGUGCACAGAGACUUGGCUUGCCGAAACUGCUUGGUCUCGUUUUCCGGCUCAAACCGGGUUGUGAAAAUUGGCGAUUUUGGUCUUGCCAGGGAUGUGUACAAAAAUGACUAUUAUCGCAAAGAGAGCGAAGGCCUCCUGCCAGUGCGGUGGAUGUCGCCAGAGAGUCUCUUGGACCGCGUCUUUACCACCCAGAGUGACGUCUGGGCGUUCGGAGUCAUAAUGUGGGAAAUCCUAACUAUGGGCCAACAACCCUACCCAGCCAGAACAAACCAAGAAGUUUUCAACUACGUCAGCGAGGGUGGCCGACUGAACCGACCUAUUAACUGCCCUGAUGAAAUGAACUCGAUGAUGGUGAGAUGCUGGCACACCAAUCCCAAAUCAAGACCAACCUUUAAGAAUUGCUUAGACAUCCUUGAGGAGCUGAAGGUCAAAGUAGAAGAAAAUCCAGCUCUUUUGAUAAUGAGCGACACAUUUGGUGACCCUUCAGUGGAUGGUCAAAGUAACCUGCAUCACCCAUCAGUGGUGUACCUCCCUCCUGAAUCAAGGUCUUCCUCAGCAGCAAGCACCGAUACCAAUAAAUACUUGCGGGUCGUCACUCCAGCCCACUCAACUGAAUUUGACCCAACCAAAGACUCAGACGGAUACGUCACUCCAUGCAUGUUACCUGCAGGUUUGCAGUCAAUAAUCAACAAACCUCUGGUAGCUGAGGAGCGGCCCCCAGAAGAGCAUGUUGUCAAAAUAAACUGUUCAGUGCUCAACGAUUAAUUACGAGAAAGCUGUGUUGCCUCCGCAGCUCAACCAAAGUGGUGAACUUUGAGCUCGAGGUUCUUUGUCGCCUUAAAAUUGUAACUCAAGUGUGUCAAGGAAUAUGAAGUGCCAGUGAACAAAUUUUGAACAUGAGAAAAACUAAUUGUCUUUUCUCAUCAUAAUGCUGCAUUUUAAUGCACAUACUACUCAAUGUUGCAUUACCUUUGAUUUAGAUAAAUAUAUGUGACUGAUACCAUUUUUUGUUUGUAGGUAAUAUACCUUUAAUGUUGAAGCCCAAUAUAAACUGAUGUUUUCU